AUGUCCGGCUUUAAGAUGUCGUUGGUUGGGAGGGAGGAUGGGACUGGGAAGAGGGAUGGGUUCACGGUUGGUCCUGUGGAUGAGAAAUCAGUCAUUUGGGGAGCGUUGGAGGAAUUUGUGGUGAUGACUUCGCUAAUUGUCGCCACAGGAUUGGCCGUCUGCUUCAAGUAUUUGUUCACCAGCCCGCCCUGGGUGUUGGUGAGGAUCAGGAUGGGCAG